AUGCCUAUCUCGAUCGACUACACCGGCAAGCUCGUCGUCGUCACUGGCGGUGGCCGCGGUAUUGGCCUUGCCAUCACCACCGCGCUCGCCAAGGCCGGUGCGGAUGUGGCCAUCACCUACACUUCGUCCGACCCCUCGGCCCGGGCUGCCGAACUUUCGGCUGCUCAUGGUGUCCAGGUCAAGGCUUUCAAGUGCGAGGUGACUCGCAGCUCUGAUGUCGAUGCUAUGCUCGAGGCCGUCGAGGCCGCCUAUGGCAAGAAGGCCGACAUUGGUGUUGCCAAUGCAGGUGAGUGUAGUCCGAACCAUGUUGGGUGGUUCCAAGGUUUCCGUGGGCGACUUCCCGCCGAGUUUGCUCCGGUGUUGCUCUGCGUCUUGAAAUGUGUCGGUAUGCUGACGUGUCCAGGCAUCACACUGUGGAAAGAUGCCCACGAGAACACCGAUGACGAGUUCAAGCACGUCUUCGACGUCAACACCUUUGGUCCCUUCUACUUUGCCCGCGGCCUUGUUCGCAGCUGGCUCGGUCAGCCUAUCGAUGUCGCCAAGGGCGGUGACUCCCUCAACGUGCCCACCAUGAAGGCCAACCUUGGCAAGCAGAUUCUGUUUGUCUCGUCCAUCUCUGGCCUCGUCGCUAUGACGCCCCAGCGCCAGACUGCCUACAAUGCCUCCAAGGGUGCCCUCACCAUGAUGUCCAAGUCGCUUGCUGGCGAGUGGUCACACCUCGGUAUUUACGUCAACUCGAUCUCGCCCGGAUACGUCCUCACCGAUAUGAUCGCCAACCCUCCUGACGAGACCGCCAAGGCUUGGGCCAAGGACUGGGAGAACCGUACUCCCGUCGGCAAGUUUGCCACUGCCGAUCAGAUCGGCGAGUUUGUUGCUGUCUUGCUCUCAGACCGCCAGGGUGGUAUGGGCUUCAUGGCCGGCUCGGACGUCGUCCUGGACGGCGGUUACACUGUGUUCUAA